UAAGAUUCUGCAUUAACACUCACUCACAGUAAUUAACACCAACACUAGGAUAAUCUUCUUCUCACAUAUGUCACCAUAAAUAGCAGAUAAAAAGAUAAACUUUGAUAGCUAGAAACAGAAACACACACGUUUGAAGAAGCCAACAACUGAAAACCACUGCACCUCGAAGUUGAUGACGACGACGAUGAUGAUGAUGAUAAAGAUGAACAACCCGUGUCUCAAAAUCUUGUCCACGGUUCUUCUCUUGGUCUCUCUCUUCAUCUACGUCCUCGUUGCUCCCUCUUUCUUCGCUUCGCCACACUUCUACAAACACUUGCAUUUGCAAGCUGAAGAUUUUGAGCUCUGCCCAAGUAACUACACCAAUCACUGUCCAUGCCAAGACCCCAUAAGGGCCAGGAACUUCCCCAAAGCCAAAUGGUUCCGUAAAGAACGUCACUGCCCCGAGAGAACUCAAAGGUUGAGGUGCCUCAUUCCAACCCCACCGAACUACCAAACCCCGUUUCCUUGGCCUAAGAGCAAGGUCACUGCAUGGUUCAGUAACGUGCCUUUUCCCAAGCUAGUGGAGUACAAGAAGUCGCAGAACUGGGUUAGGUUGGAAGGUGACCGUUUUGUGUUUCCAGGAGGUGGCACUUCGUUUACCGAAGGUGCCAAUGCUUAUAUUCAUGCUCUAAACCGUCUUCUUCCUGUGUCUUUGAAAUCUGGGGAUAUCAGAACAGUGCUUGAUGUUGGUUGUGGGGUUGCAAGUUUUGGAGCCUCUCUGACUGACUAUGAUAUCUUGACAAUGUCACUGGCACCAAGUGAUGAGCAUCAAUCUCAAGUACAGUUUGCCCUAGAAAGAGGGCUCCCUGCAAUGCUUGGAGUGCUAAGCACUCACAGGCUAACAUUCCCUUCAAGAUCAUUUGAUAUGGUUCAUUGCUCUAGAUGUCUUGUCCCAUGGACUGAUUAUGAUGGACUAUACCUAAGAGAGAUUGACCGGAUUUUGCGUCCUGGUGGAUUUUGGGUACUGUCUGGGCCACCCAUAAAUUGGAGGGUAAACUACAAAGCUUGGGAAACAGAGCCUCAGGUGCUAGAAAAGGAGCAAAACGUUUUGGAAAACCUUGCAAAGCAACUGUGUUGGGAAAAAGUUGCUGAGAAAGAUCAGAUUGCUGUCUGGCAAAAACGCAUAGAUCGCAUCAGCUGCAUGAAAAAGUUUCAGACUUUGAGAUCCCCCAAGUUCUGCAACUCAUCAGAGUCUGACCCAGAUGCUGGAUGUUAUGAACCAUUCAACAGGUAUACCAAAAUGACUCCAUGCAUUUUUCCUCUUCCAGACGUGAAAAAUGUCCACGAAGUAUCUGGUGGCGUUCUUGAGAAAUGGCCUACGAGGUUGAAAAGUGUUCCACCAAGGAUCAGAAAUGAAAAUGAUGACGACUUCACACUCAAAGCAUAUACUAAAGAUAAUCGAACAUGGAAAAGAAGAGUGUCCGAUUAUGGGGUCAUGCUAAAAUCCAUUUCUUCCGGUAAAUAUAGAAAUGUUAUGGAUAUGAAUGCUGGCUUUGGGGGAUUUGCAGCUGCAAUGGUGAAAUAUCCUAUUUGGGUUAUGAAUGUGGUUCCCUUUGAUGCAAAAAGCAGCAAUCUUGGCAUCAUCUAUGAACGAGGCCUUAUAGGAACUUACAUGGAUUGGUGUGAGCCCUUUUCUACAUAUCCACGAACAUAUGACUUGAUACAUGCUAGCGGUAUAUUCAGCAUGUAUAUGGACAAGUGUGACAUAAGUGAUAUUGUUUUGGAGAUGCAUCGCAUUGUUCGUCCGAAAGGAGCUGUGAUCAUUAGAGAUGAAAAAGAUGUAAUUGUUAAAGUAAAAGAAAUAACUGAUAAAAUAAGAUGGAAAGGAACAGUAGUAGCUGGUGACCAAGAUGGAACUUUUCAUUCUGAAAUGAUUCUGCUCAUUGAUCUUAACGAUACCGAUUAAAUUUGUAUCUUGUUAAGUGAUUUUUUAGUUACCAUCAGAAGCUAAUUUCUUUUGUUCUUUAAGUCUUUUCUUACAAAAAAUCAACGAGUUUCUCACAAUAUACCUUCCUUAGAUUAUUUUUCAGUGUAUUUUGAAAUUUGAUUUGAGAUCCUCCAUCCACGAUGAAGCUUACUUAUGUCCAAAUACAACCAGCUAAGAUGUUUUAUUAUUAAUAAUUUCAAUCAACUCACGGAAGCUAUAUUACACGUUAGUUCAUAACUGCACUCCUUAAAAUAUAUACAAGAACACCAUCAAUCGUAUAGAGGAUAAUGCCCCGAAAAACCCUUGUAGCAAUAGAAGUAUCCUUUUAAGGCUAAUGAGGGUGAGAGGAAGCUUAUAUGCUUGUCUAUAACUCUUCAAAACCGUCUUCGUCACCUUCAUUCUCUAUCCUUUGUCCCAUUUUUUUAUUUUCGCUAAGUUCUGGCAGAAUAAUCUUGUAUUCAUGUUUGUUCCUUGGUGACUGGUGGCUUUCAUUUUAGAAAGCGGGAUACAUUUUUAAGCUUCUCAGUUUGAAAAUUUAACAGUUGGUGUGGAGAAUCCAAAGUAUUCACCACCUUAGUGGUUUUGAUCUUUACUGUAUUGAAGUAACUUACAAAAUAAGAGCUGUAUAGAAGGAACAGAGUAUUAUCUUUACUGUAUAGAAGUAACUUACAAAAAACGCAUGUGAUUUUUAACCUGUUAACAUAAUUAGUGGAACAAAGUCUUGUCUACGCAUGAUAAUUUAUAGAAAAUAUUUACAUUUGUACCAAAUUAGAGUGUGGUCUUGUGAGAUCUUUUCUUGCUUGUCUUGUCCUUGGCCAUUAAAUUAUCAGAAUAUGAAUAUUGCUUUAGUUCUAUCCUUCUUGUACUCAAGAUACUAGAAAAAUAGAGUUGUGAACUGAACUUUUACUUGGUCUUGAUAUCUUUUGGUAGCAGUCUGCUUGAAGGUGCAAGUUCUUUCCUUCCCAUAUUUUCUUUCCAUUUAUCAUGAGAACAUGGCGAUUGAUGUUAUUGCUUUGUGAUGUGAAUCAUUUGCUUCUAACCUAUCUUUUUGUGAAAUGAUCUCUCAGUGGAAGCAACGUUAAAGCUGAAGACUAAUCUCUGGAAGCAAGGCUUGAGCGGAAAAUUUCUGAGAAAAAUAUGGGUGUUGCUCCUCCUAGCUAUGAAGAAGCUGUUGGUGAAUCUCGCAGCCCUGUACCCAGUGAAAGGUAAGAUCUGUU